AUGAUCUGGACGCCCGUGGCCAUGGCCAGCGUGGCCCUGUCCAGCGUGGCGGCGGCUCUCAUCGCCUACAAGUUGUUUCGGGACUGGGACUUCCGCGUGUCCAGCGUGCGAUGCCUCUUCCUCACGUUCUUCGUCUACCUGUGGCUCUACACGCUCGGUCGUCUGGGCUACUACAUCUGGGUCUUGACACUGGCCAAGACGCAGUUCGUCGACAGCGUCAACCCGACGCCUCUCACGCCCGGAGAGCUGGACAAGCUCGGCAUCUACAUCACGCUGGACAUCGCAGCCUCCUCGCAGGCCAGGGUCACCGCGGUGCUGUGUUUCUGCGACGUCAUGCACUUUGGCGCCGCCUUCUGGGUGCUCCCGCUCACGUACGAGCUGUCCAAGAUCGCGGCCAAGUCAAUGGACCGCGGCAUCGCCAAGGAGAGGGCCAAGAUCCGCUUCUACAUGGUCUCGGGCCACUCGCUCCUCCUUAUCUUCCUGGUUGCCGAGAUCGUCUUGACGGUGGUGCACGGCGGCUACUCGUUGACCACGUACCGACUUGUGAUGUGCAUCUACAUCAUGCAGAUUAUCACGAUCGCGUACAUGGUGGCGCUGCUGUUCUUCCUUCGACGCAAAGGACGCGACGUUGAGCCGGUGGACGGCCACUUUGAAGCUUCUCCGGUGUAUCUACGACUCAAGAGGAUCAUGAUGGUGUACGCUGUCGUGGCUUUCCAGUUCGAGGUCACGUCGCUCUACGUGUACGCCACCGACGUCAUCCGGGACCACGUGUUACUCUGCUACAUCGGUGUCAGCCAAGUCAUUUACAACGCCACGGGGUUAGCCUUGGCGCCCUUCACAGGCUGCAGCUUGCCGUGCGUGUUGCGCGCCACGCAUUGGAUUCUACCGCGUGACGUCGAGUCCGAGUUAAUAAUCGCGAUAGAGAACAACAACUCGCCUGCAUUGUCGUCCGUUAGCGGGGUGGAGUUGGCGCCAUUGCAGAACCCGGUCUUCGUCGUGACGGACAUUGAGUCCUCGAGCGCUCUUUGGGCCACUUUGGCGACGUAUCGCGGCUACGAGAUCACGACAGCGGGCGACUCGUUCCAGUUAGCCUUCCACACUGUCCGUGAGGCGGCCAUGUACUGCCUGGAUGUGCAGAUGCAGCUACUCGCCGCUUCAUGGCCGAAGGAGAUCCAUGGCCUCGUACCGGUGACGCGGAAAAUUCGAUCAGGAACUCGCCUAAUCUUUCGCGGACUUCGAGUACGAAUGGGGAUCCACGACGCCGACCCAGCGGAUGGUUCCCUCGUUCACAAUACGCACGCUGUUACUGGCAAAAUGACGUAUACGGGAGCUGCGAUGGAGAUCGCGAACGAGAUCGGAGAUUUAGGUGAAGGUGGACAGAUCAUUGUGACGGAACGUGCAGCCCAGUGGCUGCGCGCUAACGACUGGAUGUUCACGCACCAGCCUUUCGUCGUGGAUCCUCUUCGUGACCACGCCUCAAGCUGUACCAAGUUCUGCCGGAGCAACUCGCCAAGCGCCGGAAAGUUUUCGAAGCGCUGGACGCUGCUGCUGAUAAUUUCCCCGACAUGUGCAGCACUGCAUCGGAAGCGACGAUGCGCUAUGAUAGCCCUCACGAGCAGGAGCAAGAGCGGUGCACGUCACUAA